CGGGAAGGUACUAAAGCUAGUCUCAGUACAAGGUUGAAAAGCCUCUGGAAAGGGGUUUUAUCAUGCAUGGGUACCAAUGAUGCUCAAAAUGGCUUAAAGGUCAACUCGUCCUGUUAGAAGUAUCAUUGAUCUAACAGAGCAAAACAAAACAUCCGGAAAAGUGGCUUUGAACGCAUUAUCCCAUCUGCUGAAUGGCUAUUCCAUAGGCAGUGGCAGAUACAGCGAUAACAUCAACAAGGGUACACCGUAAAUCUCCAAGUUGAACACGCAUGCCUGAAAGAGACGUAACAGUGCAAGAGACCAGCCAGACGAUUUAAAUUAAAAUCAGAUAAGUUGAUACCAAUACACCAGCAGAUAAUUACGGACAUGCAACGAGAACGCACGCCAACCUAUGUUAAUAACAUGCAUAGCUAGGUACUGUCAUACCAUUAGAUUUGAUUGGUGCAUUCACUUUGAAACUGGAAAAACAAUUUUGCAUUAGUCAACAAACAAUUGAGCACCAAUCGACAAACUAAAAGUAUACAUUUGUUUAUACGAUAUGGAGUCCUCCCUCAAAGUAACAUUUCUUUGUAUUAGUAUGUUGCAACUUGCGAGAACCUCGCCUGUCAUGCUUGAACAUUCAGAAACCACAAACGAGAAAGAAAACAACUCAAAUGGACUUUUUGGAAUAUCUAGAGAAAGAUCCAAGGAAUUGAGGUUGUUUACGAUUCAAGCAGACAUAUUGCGACAAUUGGGGCGUCGGCGUCCCCCGACAAUCAACACAACAGUAUUUUCCCCACAAGAGAAAAGAACUAUGAUCAAUAUCUAUAACCUGUAUAAACAGAAGGACGAAGUAACCCGGUCACUGUAUGAUGGAACAAGACCCAUCAAAAAGAUACACGCUUAUUUACCUGGAUGUAAAAAACCUCGCACUGCCGAUAAUUCCUGGUACGACAAAGGGCAAUUUCGACUCUUCUUCGACUUUGACUUCUUGAAAACUAAACGAGUUGAUGUUGAGUCAGCCUACAUUGAACUACCGAUCAAGUACCCAGUCAAUGUUGGAUCUACGAGUGCGACAACGAGUGAAGGUGAUACACAUACGAGUGUCACGAGUGGAAGUGCUACGAGUAAUAGUGUUACGAGUGAAAGAGUAACUAGCACGAGUACGAAUAGUCCUAGUUCUAUUUCCCCUUCCUUGCAAGGGGAGAUACUUACCGUCAGUUUAUACAGCUACCUCUAUCCUGUCAGACACACGGCCCACUGGCGGAGAGGCAGAACAAACAGCAGAAAGCGCUUCAUUGCUCGGGAACGAAUCGGCCACGAUGCAAAAUCAGUUAUCUUUGAUGUCAAACGGAUUGUCAAAAGAUGGAAAAACAAACCAAAAAAAAAUCAUGGACUGAACAUUGAAGUCAGGAGCAAUCUUAGAAAUAAUAUUAACCCCAAUGAUAUCUUCCAAAGCUUCAAUUGUUCGGACGCCGACACAAAGAUUAAGUACCCCACACUCCAUCUUAACACCACCCAGAGGUCGCUGUCUUAUCGUAAGAGACGUACUGCGCAUGCGUCAUCGUGCAAGUGGCAGCCCAUAUACAUACGAUUCAAAGAUUGGAACUGGGAUCACUGGAUUGUGGAGCCAAAAGGAUUCUUCACUGGCUACUGCAAGGGCACUUGUGCGACAAUGAUGGCGAAGAAGUCAGUCAAUUCCAAAAAUUCCAUCCACCCGUUCUCUUCCAAAGAUGCCCAGUAUAAAUGCUGCACACCCAACAAGCUUAAGUCCCUCACAGUUUUACAUAGAGACGAAAACGGCGACCACGCUGUAACGGUAUUUGAUGACUUCAGAGUGUCCGGCUGUGGGUGCCGCCCAUAGCUAUAUGGACCCCAAGAUCCGUAUUGCGACCUCAAAGAAAUAUGUCGCCCAUAGACAACAGUUGUUCAAGUUAUCCUAUGGUGGAUUAAUAAAUAAAAUGAUCUAUUCUCAAUAUGUCAAACUAUAAACAGCCACGUUCAAUGGGGCAUUUAUUGAUAUUCUUUCUCAAAUAGAGAGAUGACAGUAGUACGAUUUGUCUGUAUCUGCUACUUUCGCCAUAUUUGUCAAUCACGCUAGAGUCGUGGCUAGUACAGAGGACAGUGUCACGUGUGAAUAUUUUUGAUAUACCUCUUAUCCUUUGAAAAAAAUAUCGCAGUGCUAAACAUGAAAUUCAAUUACUGUAGAUACACUAAUUUGGUUCCGUUUUAAUUUGACGGAUUGGCGGAUUCAGAAAAUCCAC